CUCAGAACGAGGCUUAAUUUGUAUUGAUACUGCCGGUGUUUUUAUAUAUAUAUGGGAUAAUUAUGUCGGAUUAGAACUUUAUACAAUAGACUGUGUUUUGUGUGAAUUGUCUUAAAUAGGCGGCAACAGAGGGAAGACAACGACAUAAUGACCGGCUCAUAAUAAACACCGAAGGACUUAUUCACCGCGAUCGCGAUUUUUUUGUGGAGUAUUUUUAAAAGAUGGCGUCAAGUUCUGUCAGUCAAGAAAGUUUGGAUAUUGAAGAUUAUGAAGCGAUAAGUUCACGUCAAAGCAGAGUAAGGCGUGCCCGAGCCAUGAUGCCAAAACCCAUCGAAGAUCGGGAAACCCCACGGAACGGGGAUGGGGAUAGUGACUGUGAUGUAAUUCCUGAACACGAGUCCCCCUCCCGAUCCACAACUGCUGCAUCUCGAGCCCGAGAUAAAAGAAGACCAAACCACUUGCAUAAAGGAAAACUCCCUAAAGAUAAACGUAAACUGAGAGAAAAAAGACGAAGCACUGGUGUUGUCAAUCUACAAUCCACAGAGAGCACAGGGGAUUCUCUAGACGAUGAAGAUGACGAGGAGUUACUGGAGGCUAAAAAGAACACAUCCUACAACGAGGUCAUUGACGCCGAUAACCCCCAGACACCCGCAGAGAGUAGAGUGCCAAGACCAUUCUCUUCUAGAAGAUCCAAUAAAAGCCCAUCAGACCUAGAGGCUGAUUUAGAGGAUAACCAGGAUUACGAUAGCACCGUCAGCCAAUCAGAAACCAAUCUUACCCUCAUUGGAAAGUCGAACACCACGAGGGAGUCGUCCAAUCAAAAUGCUAGUCCAAAACUGGGACAUGGUCCGACAUACGGAAGGUCAACAAACCCCCCAGAAAUACCCAAGUCUUUCAAAAAUUUCUCCCCCUACACCAGUGAAAACGAGACAAAGACUUCACCGUCGUAUUCCUCUAAUUCUUCCUCUCCAUCCUCCAUACUGAAUCGUUACAAAUGGCGCAGUCCAGAGGUGUUGAAUCAGGAGAGGGAACCAGCCAGUGCUGGUCCCGGAAUAUCUUCCAUUAUCUCCAGAUAUGACAAAAAAGCCACCGAAGUGGAUACAAAUUCCAGCCCAGGAUUUGGCUCCUCUAGUUACAGGAAUUUUGGAGAUAGAUUUCGAAAGGACAGUCCAUUUCAGAGCCAGUUCCGAAGUGUCGCUGCUCCAACAUUGAGGGAAGACACUGAAAAAAUCAAUCUUAGAAAGAUGCUGGAGAAAGAACAAGAGGAGAACAGGAGGAUGAAGCAGAUGAUGGAGGAGAAGGACAGAAGGAUAGCAGAGCUAGAGAGAGAGGUCUACCUGCUCAACAAGGAUCUGGAAGACAUGGAUGAUGAAGCUCAGAAACUACAACUAGAAAACAAUGCACUGAUUCGGGCCGUGUCUCAGCUGAGCACUCAAGUGUGACACUCCAGAAGAUGGAGAGCCAAUCAAACACACUGUCACUGCACUCACGCUUAGAAACUGCACUCGGCUCCUUUAUCAUGAAUAAAACAUAGAAAUAACUACAUGUACAUGAGAGUGCUUCAUGGGUCUACAAGGCCCUGGCUAAGUUAUUGUACAUGUUAAUUUACAAUGAAGAAUUUUAUAUCUGUAUUGAUCAAUGAUAUUUUAAACAGUGUGAACUUCAUCUCAGCACCAUUAGAUUGCAGUAAGAGUAUAAAUGUAUGUCUGUUUCUUUUAUUUCAGUUUAAAAUAAAUACAUCAUUCUGUACAUAAUGUCAAAUUGUUAAGCAUUAGGUUGUACUGAGUUUUAUAUUCUCAGAGAGAAAUAUGAUUUACCGGUAUACAUUGAAAAAAGAAUCCGAGAAGAAUAUUGCUAAUAUUAUUGUUGACCAUUACAAAUUCUUUCCUGUACAAGUUGAUUGUUAAUCGUUUUUAAUUGACGUCUAAUAUGUGAUAAUUUAAUUAACAGAUGCAGGUGAAAGAAUUUUUCAUUUGUUUUUUUUUUCAAUUUUAUUUUAGUUAAUAUUGUUAUUGAGCCUUAUAAAGGUUCUUGACAUAGUAAAUGUACAUUGUACAUACAGCAACAGUUUGUACAUUUUUUUCAAAUUUUAUAGAAUUUGUUUUCAGUAGCAAUUUAGGUUAGUUAGCUUGUGUUUGCAUGCCCUGUUAACGAGCAGUUUUAGUUUAGUUUGAGAAUUCCUUCACAAAUGUGAUAAAUAUUUAUCUGAAAAGAGUAGUGCUACACUUUUUGUUAAUAGAUUCCAAACUUGUAUGUUAACAUUGGUGUGGCGAAGAAAUUACAUGUAUUUGAAGGUUUUGGAAGCCAAGCAUCCAGCUAAAAUUACAUGUUAUAUGUUUAUACAGGAUUGAACCUUUACAAGUGUUUUUGUUACAACUGCAAUGAACAUAUUGGUGCAUUUCUGUUUUGGUUUUAUGUCAUGUUAUACAAAUAAGUGUUCAUUCAAUGUUUAGUGUUAUAUGUCAACACUUACGUUUCUCUUCUUUUUUCUUGGUUUGAAUAGUUUUUAGUAUGCAAAAGAAAUGGACAAAGUGUCUUCAUGUUGAAUGUUUACUUCAAGGAGACUUUACUGUUUGUCAGAGUAAUUGGAUGUCUACAUGCAUGUUUAUGUAGCUGUAAUACCAAAGUAAUAGUCCAGCUCAAUUAAGUUGUGAUUUCAAUUUAUUUCAUAAGUGCAACAUACACUGCAUUCAAGUUGCAACACCCAAAUCAAAGCUUUUAAAUAUUAUUCUGUGUUUGAAAAAAUGGUUAACAUGCCAAGUCUUGCAUAUUUUUGAAACAUUUUUAAAGAUUCAUGUUUUUAUAACCUUUUUGCAAGAAAAAGUGCAAGGUAAAAUUUUUCUACAGCAAAUUAAAUCAUCAUUUAUAUGAACUCCAUUUUGAGUAUUAAGCUUACUUUUUGUUCUUUAUAUAUAUGUAUUUAUGGACAAGUUAUAGCCAUAAAGUAGGCUUUACAGGUACAGCAAUUUAGCAUUUAAACCUUUCAUUCAUUGAUAUUCAAUGCAUACACAUGUAUAUAAUUAUGUAUCCAUUGCUUUCUCUUACCACCUUCCAUUAGUGCAAUGACAAAAAUCCAUGCAUGUAUUAAAUUGUUGAAACAUCAAUUUACAAAUUGCUAGCACUAUACUACAGCAACAGAAUGGGAGAAAUAUACUGCAGUAUACUGUAAUAGGAGAGAUUCAGUUUAAUACCAACUGAAACAUUUUUAUUCAAUAAUUUUAAGAGUUUUUUCAUUUGACCAUUUAGUAUACUUUAUUAUUAAUUUGUUGUCAAAAUAUUUGUGCUCAGUAUGAAAGGGAAUUUUUUCCCAGUGCAUGCAAUGAAUAAUUAAAUAUUCAUUAGCAAAUUUAUGAAAGGAAUUUCCAGAAUUUAAAAUGCUGAUUUGCUUUAAGGUAACUCUGUACCUAUAAAAUCAUGGGUUCAAAGUUAAAAACUUAACUUUUUUUUAACUUAUUUGACUUGAAUUUCAUCAAAAAAUAAAUAAAAUGUAUAUGUAUCCAUACUAUUUAAGAUGUAAGGUAAUAAAAACCAAAGGCUGAAAUUAUCAUCUGAAAAUCACACUUUUUUUGUUUAAGAAUUAAAUAUAAGUGGAUGGAUACUUGUUUGUCUAUUUAAAUUUUAUUGCUUACUAUGCCAGAAAACUAAAAUUAAUUUAAAAAAAAAGAAAAAAUCGUUUACGUUAGAAAAAUUAUAGCAUUUAGAUAUAUCACUUUGAGAAAAGUAGAAAAGAGUUAUUUCCCUUUGUCAUUAUUGAAUUAUCUCGAAUAUAAGAAUGAAAAACGCUUAUUAAAUAUCUCCAAGUAAACAAUGAUUUGAGUUUUUGAUGUGCACCUAUGAUAACAUAGAAAUUACAAAUCUACUUGCAAGAAUUUUAAUGAAUUCAUGGUUUAUGUAAAAUGUAUGACGUCACAGGAGAGUGGAUUUACUUUAAAAAUAAAGUGGCUCAGAGACUGCAUGAAACCAAAAAAAAAAAAAAAGAAAUAGAGUAAGGAUGUAUAAUUGAUGCAGUACAUUGUGUACUUAUUACUGAGACAUUCAUACAUUGUGAUUUAAAUUUAUUAGAAUUUUUUGUUUGCGGACACUUUGUCUGAAUAUUGAGAGCUUUUUUUGUGUUCUGUAAACAAGUAUGAGUUAGUUUUAUUUAUUUAAAUAUUUAGUGCUUUUGCUCAUGUUUUGUGCAUUACAUUUUAUUUAUAUGUUUUGACAUCUUUUUAGAGUCAUCUGCAUAUCAUGAAAGAGAUACUGGUGUAAAACUUGUGAUAUUAUGUAAAGGGGAAUUAAAAUCUCCAGAAUUGAAUGAAAAGAAUAUGGUAACGGUUGUUUUGAUGAUUUUUAGAUGUAAAACCAAAAGUUGUGAAUCAUUCAUCUUGUUAGCUUAUCUUUGUCAUUGUGUAUGUGUUCUUUUAUGAAACAUAUUAGGCAUUUGUUAAUUCUUUAAAAGCUCAAGCUGCUAUAAGGCGAUUUCAUUUUCUUUAAAUUACUAUACUUAUACAGCUAAUACAUUUCUUCUGUGUGCUAACUCUUCGAGUAAUUGCAGUAAUACAUGUAUCUUUACACUCUUUUGCAAAUGUACCACAUGUAUGAGAUAUGCACAUAUACUUCUGAACUGAAAAAGACACCUUUUCUUUUAAUGUUUCAAACAUUUUACACGCAGUGUUACAUGUAACAAGUUGAUCUCACAUUUUAUUAUACACGUGUAUGUAUACAAUGCAUUUAUGUUAAAUUCGGUAUUCUUUAAGUUUGAAAAAAUGUACUGAUACACACAUGUAUAUAUUAUAUAUAUAUUGUUUUCUUACAAUUUAGUCAACCAUGUAACUAUUCUCAGACUUUUAGUAUUUAAAGGAAACAAAUUCAAGUUAUAAAUAAUGGACAUAUUUUUAAAAAAUCCAUGAGAAAUGCAUGGUACUUGAUUUUUUUUUUAAGGAAAGGAGAUUGAUUCAAUAUGAUAAACACAUUUUCACCAUUUGUAUGUACCAUUUUUACAAUUUAUAUACAUGUACAUACAUGUAAAAAAUUGGCAUUUGGGUAACCUUCAUACCUAUACAUUAAUUUUGUGAUUAGAAUACAUUCCAACUUACACUGAUAUAUUUAAAAAAUUGUGUGUAUACUUUAUACAUAAGUUAUCUCAUUGGAAUUUCAUUCAUAUGUCUUUUGAGAUGGUUGUAUAUUAUUUAUUUUGAAUCAUUUGUAUAUUUUUGAAAUAUUUUCGAAAUCUACUGCUUAAUUGCUUGAACUAUAAAUUAUACGACACAAAUACAAAAUUUUUCAGAAAUUGAAGUAUUAUGGUGUUUUUUUUUAUAAAUUGUUGGAUUUUGUUUCAUAUUUUCCAGUCGGCAUUCUUUUAAUUUACAGCUGUACGACAUUUGUACUUUAAUUCGGACCAACUGUUUGCUUUUACAAUAUCAUUGUGCUUCACAUGUUGUGACUUAGGAAAAUAAAAGAUGUUUAUAUAAUCAG